UUGUGAGGGGACGCGCGGGCCGAGGCGCGCCUGGCGAGCGCAGGGGGACGGAGGCGGGCCUCUUGCCGUCCCUGGAUCCUGGACUCGCCAGGGCCAGCCCGAGUGGUUAACUCCCAAAAGAGAAAACCAGUUGCAAAUCGAAGAUAAACAAAAACUAUCAAAGUGUAAGAAAUUAAAAACAGUAAGAUGAGAAGAGUUGAUCUCUGCUCGAGCUCUGAAGGGGCCGAAGUGGUGUUAGCGACGUCCAGUGAUGAAAAACACCCACCUGAGAAUAUCAUUGAUGGGAAUCCAGAAACCUUUUGGACCACCACAGGAAUGUUUCCUCAGGAGUUCAUUAUUUAUUUUCACAAACAUGUAAGGAUUGAAAAGCUUGUCAUCCAAAGUUACUUAGUGCGGACCCUGAGGAUCGAGAAGAGCACGUCUAAGGAGCCGGUAGAUUUCGAGCAGUGGAUUGAAAAAGACUUAGCACACACGGAGGGACAACUUCAAAAUGAAGAAAUUGUGGUGCGCGAUGGCUCUGCCACCUACUUGAGAUUCAUUAUUCUCUCAGCCUUUGAUCAUUUUGCAUCAGUGCAUAGCAUUUCCGCAGAGGGAAUCGCCGUCUCCAAUCUUGCUUAGUUACUGAAGCAAAAGGUUCUGACGAUAUUUAAACCCAAAGAUGUCCCUGAGAAUCUCUAUUAAAAGGAUUCAUAUCAA